AUGGCCAACAUCGGGCAAGAGGAAGAUUUCGACGCUGCCAAAGAAAAGGCACUCAAGAUUGGAGCCAAGAAGUGCUACGUUGAGGAUGUGAUCGACGAGUUCGUGAAAGAGCUCUGCUUCCCCGCGAUCCAAUCGAACGCCUGCUACGAGAACGUCUACCUGCUCGGCACCUCCCUCGCCCGCCCAGUCAUUGCCCGCGCCCAAGUCGCAGUCGCCCAGAAAGAAGGCUGCCAAUUCAUCUCCCACGGCUGCACAGGCAAGGGCAACGACCAAGUCCGCUUCGAGUUGGCUUUCUAUGCCCUCCAGCCUUCCAUCCAAGUCGUCGCACCCUGGCGCAUCCCCGAGUUCUACAACACCUUCAAGGGCCGCAGCGACCUCCUCGACUACGCCGCACAGAAGGGCAUCCCCGUGACAUCGACAAAGUCCAAACCGUGGUCCAUGGACGAGAACUUGGCACACUGCAGCUACGAAGCCGGCAUCCUUGAGGAUCCGGACACCUCCCCACCCACCGACAUGUGGAAACUGACCGCCGACCCGAUCCUCUCCGCGCCCAACGAGCCCGAAGAUGUCGUGAUUGAGUUUGAGAAAGGCAUCCCAAUCUCCCUCAGCUCGCCCUCAACCGGCACCAAGACCGACCCAACUGAUCUCUUCCUCGCCGCCAACGCACUCGCCCGCAAGCACGGCGUCGGCCGCAUCGACAUCGUCGAGAACCGCUUUAUCGGGAUCAAAUCCCGCGGCUGCUACGAGACCCCCGGGCUCACGAUCCUGCGCAACGCACACAUCGACAUUGAAGGCCUGACCCUCGACCGCGAGGUCCGCGCGCUGCGCGACCAAUUCGUGACCAUCUCAUACUCGCGGGUUCUCUACAACGGACUGUACUUCUCACCCGAGCGGGAAUUCCUGGAGAGUAGCAUCAUCGCAUCUCAGAAGUCUGUCAACGGCCAGGUCCGCCUGCGGCUGUACAAGGGCAACACGAUCGUGCUGGGCCGCAGCUCCAAGACCGAGAAGCUGUACGACGAGCAGGAGAGCUCCAUGGACGAGAUCGGCAGCUUCGAGCCCAAUGAGACCGGUGGAUUCAUCAAGGUCCAGGCCAUCAGGCUCAAGAAGUAUGGCCAGAUGAAGGCCGAGAAGGGCGAGCGAUUGUGA